CACGACAGCAUACCCGAUACCACCCCAUACCGUUCGAUGCCGUACCUCUCUCGUAAUCGUCGGCCAUGCAUGCGCCAUGAAGGAUGAACAAGAACUGACUUUCCACAAAACAUUUUAAAAGUGGCAUGGAGGUCUGGCUGAUUUGGUACAUGGUUCUGGGAUUUACAUUGGUUUUCUCAAGCCACGGUCUUAAUCCAGCCUGUGAAUGCCUCAUCUACAGUGCGACAUACGGGAAAGAAUAUGGAAGAUUCAGCAGUCCGGACUACCCGAGGACGUACCCGGACGACAUCGAUUGCCUCCUUUAUACUUUUAUAGCCGGAUCGACAGAAAUCGUGGAAAUCAACUUCCGCCAUUUCGACCUCCAUCCAUCACAAGAUGGGUGUUUGGAAGGAGACUACAUUCGAGCUUAUUUGGAUCUGGACAGAGCCCAUCUCACAGAUCUCACUGAAGCAACUGGCAUCUUGUGCUCGGCUGUUCAAAGUUUUCCUCAUUUGCUGUACAGUUCCGGACCUUUCUUAGUGCUCGAACUUCAUACAUCUAAGAGACCGAAAAACGCAAACUACUCUGGCUUCGUCGGCACCUUCAGAUUCAUCGAUACGAGCAAGUACUCCAUGCCAGGGAGCAGUUUCGGUACCUGCGACUACCAGAUCAUACAAACUGGGAAAUCAGGACAGCUGUAUUCGCCUAGAUAUCCGUCCAGCUACCCGAGAAACAGCAGAUGCACCUACACCAUUUCAGCGAGAGACGGAGGCAAGGUGCGGCUCGCUUUCGAAGAAUUCGACCUCCAGAGAGGAGACCACCCAUGCCUCACGAGGGAAGACGUACUGAGAAUUCACGACGGCCCGAGUCCGCUAUCUCCGGUCAUUACAAUCCUUUGCAACCAAGGCUCCAACGCUGAAAUUAUAUCGUCCGGAGAUACACUGUACUUAGAAUUCUCCUCCACUUCUCAUUGGCCGGGGCAUGGUUUCCACGCAAAUUACUACUUCGUUCCUAGAACAGAGAUUCUUGAAUACAGUGGGAUUGGGCCAGCAGUUAGCGCAACGCGAUCUAGUUGCGAUGUGAAGCUGAGCAGCGAGGUGACAAUUAACGGGAGCAUCACAUCGCCAGGAUUUCCAGGACAUUAUCCUCCGGGUACUUCCUGCCAGUACGAAUUCACAGCGACUGGGAGGCAAAGAGUUCAGUUGGUAUUCACUGAUUUUUCCCUUUUCAUGCCAGCGCAACAGCCUAAAGACUGCGAAGGGGUGGAUUCAGUUGUCGCCUACGUCGUCCUGGACGGGAGGGUGGAGAAGAUCGACAGCUAUUGCGGUGUAACCGUCCCCAGGCCGAUCAUGUCAAACGGUCCAAGGCUUCUCAUCCACUUUAUAGGCGUGCACUCUUCCCGUCACGCACGAGGGUUCAGAGCCAAAUAUCUCUUCACGGCCAACUUUGGCAUCAGCGGAGGUGAGCAAGUCGACGAUAAGCCUUGCGCAUUCAGAUACCGUUCCACGGUUGCCCAAACGGGUCAUAUCACUAGCCCCAACUUUCCCGGAUUGUAUCCGAGGGACACAGAGUGCCACUACUUCUUUCACGGCUCAACAAACCAAAGAUUGCGGCUUACUUUCAACUAUUUUGACGUCGAGGGAGUCCACCCGUGUGAUUUAGCCUCUGCCAGUGACUACGUCGAGUUUUCCAAUUUUAUGGGCCUUGAUCGCAAAUACACCAGGCAGUGCGGGCAGAUGGCAUCCGGCCUGGUUGUCGAGUCCGAACGCAAGUUUUUCCGGGUAACUUUCCGCUCCAACGAUCGACUAGACGGAACUGGUUUCAAUGCGACUUAUCAAUUUGUAGAACAGCCGACACUACCGCCUACAACUGUUCUACCGGCCAGUAGAUCUACAUUGGGUAAGUCGCUACAAAUAUUCGAAAUCGAAAAAAAAAUUUUACAUGUACAUUCAGAAAUUUUUAUUUUUGACCUAAAACACUUUUUUCUCAAUUGAUCAAUGAUUAUAUGUAUAAGUCGGAUUUUGCAUAUCCACGUAAUAUUUAAAAAUGAUGACAUUACCUCACUAAACUCAAAUGAUGAUGGGUAAACAUAGCAUGUUUUGCAUUUUGCCUACUGAAAAUUAAUUCAAAGCAAUCGAUGUGACAAAAUGCUGAUAAUUAAAAAUUAUAUACUACUCAGCCCCCUUACCUAUUUACAUUUACCCUAAAUUAUGUUUUUAACGUAUCAUCAUUUUGUAAAUGGUUAUUAACGUUGUAUUUUUUAAUAAAAAUAAAUAAUGUUCAUUUCUUUAUGCCUGGUAAUACAAUAAUAACUAAUGAAACUUUAUUUGUUUUCUCCCAUUUUAGCCAAAAAUGAAUCCUAUCUUUUCGGUUUAAUGAUGCUGAUCUUUUUCGUGUCGUGAUAACGACAUAUCAUUUUAAGUUGUUGGUUAUGAAAUCAGUUCCUUGGGUAGGUUAAAAGUAUUUACUUUAUUAUUAGAUUGUUUUAUUUGAAUGUAUUUUAUUUUUUAUAGCAAGGAUUAUGGAAAAUGCCGCUAGACCGGAGGGGUUAUGUCGUUUUUCCUUAGCACCCAGCGUCUGUAUGAAGAAAUGUUGAAUGUCUUCUUGAAUUUUCUGUGAUUUUAGAAGUUCUUUUGUAAAAUAAAAAGCGUGUAUAUUUGUAAAUAAUUAAUUAAUAAAAUUUGUAGAGAACUGUUGACGAGUUUGUCGUUUGUCUCGUCCCUACCCAGGUUACCAAUUUUUCGUUCCAAUUUUG